GUUGCAGCCUGUCCUAGUGCGCAGGCGCGGGAAAGUUAAACUCCCAAAAGAAAGUUUGAGUGGACGCCGUGGCGCCGGCCACUGGACCCUCGACCUGGUGCCUUCAUGGCAGGCUCUGAAGACCUGGAGCUUCGAGAGGACACUCUGAGGGUCCUAGCUGCUUUCCUGAAGCAAGGUGAAGCUGCUGGGUCCCUCAUUCCAACUCCACCCAGGAGCCCUGUUCAAGAGGAGCCAAGAAAUUUCCUGAGCCGCCUUCGCAGAUGUCUCCCUUGUCCCCUGGGGAGAGGAGCUGCUCCUCCAGAGUCCUCUCGGCCUUCCUUCCUGCCCCUCCGCCCCUGCUAUAGAUCAGAGCCUGGCCCAGCUACUCCAGACUUCUACGCCCUGGUGGCCCAGCGGCUGGAACAACUGGUCCAAGAGCAAUUGCAAUCUCCACCUAGCCCAGAGUGCCAGGGUCCCCCACUCACGGAGAAAGAAGCCCUGCUGAGGAGGCUGGUGGCCCUGCUGGAGGAAGAGGCAGAAGUCAUCAACCAGAAGCUGGCCUCGGACCCAAUGUUGCACCGCCAGCUGGCCCGCAUGUCCAUCAGCUCCUUUGACCGCCUGGUGGAGCUAUUCUCCCGCCGGGAAGGCAGCGUUCCUGCCAGCCGCCCUGGACCCUCCCUGCAGUGUCCCGGGCCCCCGCCACCCUCCCCGGAGCCUCUGGCCCGCCUGGCUCUAGCCAUGGAGCUGAGCCGGCGGGUGCUGCGGUUUGGGGGAACACUGGCCGGACUCAGUGUGGAGCACGUGCACAGCUUCGCACCCUGGAUCCAGGCCCAGGGGGGCUGGGCCGGCAUCCUGGCUACUUCACCUGUGGACUUGAAUUUACCCUUGGACUGAGCUCUUCCUGCAAAGCUGCUACAGGACUGGACUUCAGGCUCUAGCCAUCGUGCUGAAUUCCCCUCAGGGCUGUGGGGUGGUGGCUGCCCUACCUGUUUUUGCCAAAAAGAACUUUUGAAAGUGUUUCAUAUUAAAAGCUUUUUAACUGA